AGUUUACGUUCUAAACAAAGGUCUUUUCAAACUUAAAUUAUUGAUAAUAACCAUUUCUUUACACAGUAAUAUCUACAUUACUUAAUACCGUAAUAUGUCGGAACAUAACAAACCUUCAUUACGAAUAGAUUGGUUUGAUGGGACUGUGAUUGAAGAUUCUAGGUCACCGAACACCUCAAGCUCGGCUUUCGACGAUGAGGAUGCAGCGGAGCCACCACCGGCCAAGCCUCAGUACUCCGAAAGGAAACUCAUGGGUUUUAAAAGACUGUUUGACCUCUCACAACAAGAUGCUUCAAACCUAACCUUACAACUCUCUGGAAGAUCAAGUUUCUGGGACUUGCUAAAUUCAGAGUUGAAAGAUGAUUUUAUAGUGUUAAUAACCAAGAUUAUAGCUAAACUAUAUGCAUCAAUUCUGCUGGGGCAGUCAACACUGAUGUUAAAGAAGUUGUUAAAAACAAAAUUCUUGACUUCAAAUUUUUUAAACAUACUCACUGACUAUGUGAUACGCCUGCCUAGUGUAAGAAUAUCAGAGAAAAGAAUGAACAUGCAGUUCUGGAAUGAUUUGGAACCUUUUUAUGACAGUGUGCUGGAGAUUUGUGAUGGAAUCCUUAGUGUGGAGGAAGCACAAGAGAGUGCUGCUGCAUUGUUGGAGGCGGUCCGUGCCAGUGUCCACGGCGUCAUUGAAGAACAUAUGGAGCAGUUCACUGAAGACCUAUUCAUUAAAAUGGUUACCAUAGAAAGUAAAGUAAGAACUAUGGGCAUAAAGGAUUCCGGCAAACAAUCACAAGCUACAGAAGCAGAGCAAGUGAUAGACAAAAACAACUUUAGAAACCUCAGUAUAUUUCCUAAUAAAGAGGAUCUAUUGGAAGAAAAGCUGCAAGAUAUUAGGCCCAACAUCAUCAACGGAGCAUAUUCCUCUGUGGAGCACUACCUAGACGUCCAGUUCAGGCUGUUACGGGAAGACUGCUUCGGACCUCUGAGAGAAGGGAUAUCUAAAUACAUGGCUAAUACCAGUAAAAGGAGACAUGAAAAUAUAAGAGUACAUCCAAGAGUGAGGAUAAUCAGAUCAUAUGUGAGCAACAACCGUGUUGGAUACUUGGUAGACCUGGCGUGGAGUCAACGGCUGGCUCAGACCUCGGUGGACUGCAGGCAGCUGGCAAACAACAAGCAACUCAUGUUCGGAUCUCUGCUGCUGUUCACUAGUGACAAUUUCGAGAGUAUUCUGUGUGCUACGGUUCUCGAUUCUAGUUCAAAUCUUCUCAGUGAGGGUUAUUUGGCAGUAUCAUUCCACAGCCCAGUGUCAAAGAGAAUAUUUUCGGAACCCUAUCUGAUGAUUGAGAGUGAAGUAUUCUUUGAGCCCUACCACAGAGUUCUCAAAGUUCUGAAGAAUUCAAAGACAAAUGAUAUACCAAUGAAAAGGUAUAUUGUGGAUGUGCAGCCAGAAACUAAAGCACCUAAGUACUUAACACCAGAAACUAUGUACAACCUUGUCCAAGGAAAUGAAGAAAUCCCCUUCCCUGUACUGGAUGUUCAGAAUUGGCCUUCAGAGGCAACAUUUGGCCUUGACCAUUCACAAAUGGAGGCUUUCAAACUAGCUUUAACUAGAGAAUUUGCAGUUAUACAGGGUCCACCCGGUACUGGUAAAACUUUCAUAGGAGUUAAAGUAGCCAACAUGCUGCUACAAAAUUUGUCCCUUGAAGGAACCCCAAUGCUAGUGAUCUGUUACACAAACCAUGCACUUGACCAGUUUCUUGAAGGAAUAUUACCAGUAACAAAAAGUGUUGUGCGUCUUGGCACCCAAAGUAAGAACAAGAACAUAGAACCAUACACUUUGAACAACUUAAGAGCAAAGUCAAAAUCUAGAUAUGGGUACUUAUACGCGAGCAAAAGAGACGAACAAGAAAAGGUUUUCAAUGAAAUGACAAAGAUUCAAACGGAAAUUGAAAAGUGCGAAAGAGAGCUGCUUACUUUUAAAACUGUUAAGCCAUAUCUCAAAGUAGGAGGUAAAAAUGUAGACUUAAAAACUGAGAAUGAAGAUCCAAUUACGAAAUGGCUCUUUGGGCAUCUAGAGAACGAAGCUGAGGGAGAGAAUUCUAAUGUCCAAGAUGAUGAUGAAUUAGAUGAUUGGGAAAAACAACUUGAUCAAUUUGAUGACAAAGUUAACAUACAAAAUAUUAAAUUGGAUACUUGUUUCUCUGAACAGAUGGCGUUAAAAGAAAUAGAUUCAAUGCUUAACAGUGUAAAGUAUGCGAAAGAUGUAACAGACAAAGAAUGUGAAAGACAAAAGAUUGUUGAUAAAUUUCAAAUGCAAAUAGACAAAGUGAAAAAAAGACUGGAAUGUUUUAAGAAACAUUCGCAAAAUGGAUUUCAAGAAGUACAUAGAGAAAUAACAGAAUUUCAAGAUCCUUACAAACUCACUCCAGACGAGAGGUGGAAUGCAUACUUCGCAGCCGUGAACCUCAUCAAAGAUAGACUCAUAGCCGAUAUGAAUAGUUUGCAGGAGAAGCACAACACAACUACUACGGAGCUAGAGGAAGUGGGCUCCCUGGUGGACGCGGAGGUGUUGCGACGCACGCGCGUGGUCGCCGCCACCACCAGCGCCGCCGCCGCGCGCCACACGCUGCUCCACAAUCUGCGCUCGCCUGUUGUGAUAGUGGAGGAGGCAGCGGAGGUGAUGGAGGCUCACAUCGUGGCGUCACUCACACAUCACUGCGAACACGUUAUACUUAUAGGCGACCACAAACAGCUACGCCCCACCGCGGCCCACUACAAGCUGGCUAAACACUUCAACCUGGACGUGUCUCUGUUCGAGCGAAUGAUCCGAAACGGCGUCCACGCGAGGACGCUCACCACACAACGACGCAUGCGCCCUAGCUUCGUGCAACUUAUUGUACCGGCUGUAUAUGAGAGGCUGGAUAGUCACCCGAGUGUUUAUGAAUAUGAGGACGUGAGGGGCAUGAGGGAGAAUUUGUUCUUUUUCACGCAUGGCGUUUAUGAGGAUGAGGGUCUGGACAACAGCUGGAGCCACAGGAACAAACACGAGGCGGCGUGGUGCGCGGCGCUCGCGAGCUACCUGCGCGGGAGGGGGCACCCGCCUGCUGACGUCACCGUACUGGCCACUUAUGCAGGGCAAGCUAGUCUUAUCAAGGAGAUGAGCAAAAAGUACAGUAAUCUUCAGGAUGUCAAGAUCACCGUAGUUGAUAACUAUCAAGGAGAAGAGAGCAAGAUAGUGAUAUUGUCACUGGUGAGGAGUAACAGGGACGGAAAGAUUGGCUUCUUGUCUGCUCAGAACAGAAUCUGCGUGGCUCUCUCGAGAGCCAAGGAAGGAUUCUACAUAUUUGGCAACAUGGGUGUACUGAAGUCGUCUAGCAGUAUCUGGAGCGGUAUCAACAAUACACUGUUGGCGCAGAAUGCUAUUGGUGAUCAUCUAGCUCUGGCCUGUGACGUUCACCCCGAGAAUACUUUGCAGGUCCGUACAGUGGAUGAAUUAGAAAAAUGCCUAACAGGUUCGUGUUCAAGGAUAUGUGAAAGAAAAAAUCAAGUUUCAACAACAUAACAUCAACUGUAUUCACCAAUCGAAACCAUUGGAAUAUUUUCUCUUCGUAUUUGUACAUACUCAUUCAUAAUAUUCAUAUAUUGUAAUAAGUGUAAGAAUAAAUAAUUUUAUAGUGC